AUGUUAAUGUUUAAAAAAGGCCAAAUCUGUUUAGCUAGAUUUAACUUGAUGAGAUUUUUCUCAAACGAGUCAAUGGCAAGCCCAAUAGUGGCGGUGAAACAAGGCAAACUAAAGGGAUCCGUCAAGACACUUUUAGAUGGGAAACCUUAUUACAGCUUUAAAGGCAUUCGCUAUGGCCAACCUCCCGUGGGAAAAUUGAGAUUUAAGGCACCUUUACCAGUCAAACCAUGGGACGGAAUACUCGAAGCAAUAGAGCACGGAUCAGUUUGUCCCCAGUUAGAUUUGUUGGCUGGUGACCUUAAAGAAGGAAACGAGGACUGUUUAUUCUUGAACGUAUAUACUAAGUCUCUAGAACCUAGUUCGAAAACGCCUGCACUAGUCUACAUUCACGGGGGUGGUUACAUGUCAGGAUCUGGCAACUGUGACACAAGUGUAGAAAGAGCAUUCAGACUUGGCAAAGCUUUAGGUAAAGAGACUAAAAACGCAGAUGAACUCUUAGAAUUUUUACAAAAAAUUCCUGCAAUUGAUUUGGCCGGAGCAACUCGGAAGACAAGAACCCCGGACGAAUGUUUCAGAGGUCUAUCAAUAUUUUUCACCCCUGUAGUUGAAAAAAGGUUGGAUGGCGUAGAACACUUUCUCACUGAGGAACCCAUCAAUCUGUUACUUGAAGGCAAAGUUAGUAAAGUGCCGUUGUUAAUUGGUUAUAAUUCUAGAGAAGGUAUACUGAUAGCACCAGAUACGCUAAAGAAAAACAAAGUUAUUAACGAAACACCAUCAUUUCUUGUACCGAGACAAGCGAAGCUCAAAAUAUCAGAAGAAAAACUCAAAGAAUUCGGAGAUCGUAUAAAAUCUUUUUACGUCGGUAAAAAAGACUUUGAAAUUAAAACAGCCGAUGCAAUAUCAAAUCUGCAAACAGAUUUACAUUUCUCUUAUGAGAUACAGAGGUUUAUUAACUUUUACCAUAAAUACGCGCCUGUUUACUUCUACAAGUUCGACUAUGACACUGAUUUGAACAUUCCAAAAUCUUUAGUAGGUCUCGAUCUGACCGGAGCUAGCCAUGCAGACGAUUUGUUCUACUUUUUCUACAAUAUGAUUAACAAAGAUUAUUAUCAUAAUCAAGAAAAAUUGCAAAAGAUCGUGUAUCAGUUGACGAAGUUUUGGACUGAGUUUGCAAGAACCGGUAACCCGAGCGCUGAAGGUAUAAAUUGGCCGCUGUAUACGCCAUCGGGCGGAGAAUACAUGCUGCUUAACGAACAGCUGUCUGUCAAGAGUCACGCUGAUAAAGAACGAGGUGGUGAAAAUCGCAUGAAAUCAUUAAUUAGAUUUGGGCGUGAGGCUAUUAAAAAUGGCGGUACGACAUUAUUGUGGGUAGGAGCACAUUGUUACGUGGUUACAGUAGACCCUGUCGACAUAGAAGUAAUCUUGAAAACAUUUGUAGCGAAGGAUGACAUCAUGCGUUUCGCUAGAAGUUUUAUUGGAAAUGGGCUCAUAUUUGCACCCGUUCCAAUCUGGCGAGCACGUCGCAAGGUCGCUGCGCCUACCUUUAGUCCAUAUAAGCUGAAAAACUUCGUAACGAUAUUCGCUCGGCAGAGUAGCGUAAUGGUGGAUAAACUGAAGUCAGUCGCGGAUAACGAAGUUGUGUCUGUUUGGAAAUACGUAACUACCUUCACGUUGGACUCUGUUUGUGAAACGGUACUAGGCGUAUCAAUCAAUUCACAAGAAAACUCGGAACAUAAACUUUUGAAGGCGUUUGACACAGUUUGCAAACUUACGGCGGAAAGAAUGAUGCAGCCAUGGUUACAACCCGAUAUAGUGUACAAAUUACUCCCUCAACACUUGAAAUACAAAAAAAAUAAGAGGAUAGUAUAUGAAUUUGUAGAUGAGAUAAUCAAAUCAGUACGGCAGACUUUAAAAGAGAAUUCUGAAAUCGAAAAAAGUAAUCCAGAGAGGAUAAAGAGUUUCCUAGAACUUCUCAUCGAAUCAUCUGGCGGCGAAAAUGGAUAUUCCGACCGGGAGUUACUUGAAGAAACUUUGGUCAUGAUGGUAGCUGGCACUGACACUUCCGCAGUUGGAUCAUCUUUUACUAUUCGUAUGUUGGCUGAUUAUCCUGACGUGCAAGAAAAAGUAUUUAAAGAAUUACAGGAUGUGUUUAGUGAUUCAGACAGGCCAGUAACCACCGAGGACUUGGUUCAUCUGAAAUACUUGGAUGCUGUUAUUAAGGAAACACUUCGUCUGUACCCACCGGUACCCGUAAUAGUCAGAGAAAUUGAUGAAAAUAUAAAAUUACCGUCAGGUGUAACGCUAAAGAAAGGUUGUGGAUUGACAGUACACAUAUGGGGCACACAUCGCAAUCCUGUAUACUGGGGAGAUGAUGCUGAGCAGUUCCGGCCUGAACGUUUCAUAGAAGCGCCACCGAAGCAUCCGGCCGCUUUUCAGGCGUUCAGUUCAGGACCUCGCAGUUGUUUAGGAUACCUGUAUGCGAUGAUGUCAAUGAAGACAGCACUGGCGACGUUACUACGAAGCUAUCGCAUACUAAGCGCAGAUGAGAACAGGAUAAGUGGCACAGUACACCAUGAACCUUUAAAAGUUACAUUCGAUGUUAUGAUGAAAGAUGUUGACGGAUUUAGAGUAAAGUUGGUCAAAAGAAUUAAGGAUUAG